CUGCCACCUCCAUCUGGGUGCACAUCCUUGCUGAGCCAUGUCCUGCUACGACCUGUGCCUGCCCUCCUCCUGCAGUCCCCGGCCCCUGGCCACCAGCUGCAACCAGCCCUGCUUCCGCCGCUGCGGGGACUCCACCGCCUUCAUCCAGCCGCCCACGGUCGUGGUCACGCUGCCCGGGCCCAUCCUCAGCUCCUUCCCACAGAACACCGUGGUGGGCUCCACGGCCUCGGCGGCGGUCGGGAGCUACCUGCGCUGCUGCGGCAUCCCUGUGGGCUCCCGGGGCCUGGGCAAGGCAGGACUGCUGUGCCUGGGCACCAGGCUGUAG